AUUUGGAUAUUCCCAGUAUAAUGGAAGAAGCAAAGAUGAGGUGGCUCCGACCAAAUGAGAUCCAUGCGAUACUGUGCAAUUACAAGUACUUCAACAUCUUUGUCAAGCCUGUAAACUUGCCAACAAGUGGUACAAUCGUGUUGUUUGAUCGUAAGAUGCUGAGGAAUUUUCGCAAAGACGGUCAUAACUGGAAGAAGAAAAAGGAUGGGAAAACUGUAAAAGAAGCUCAUGAACACUUAAAAGUUGGUAAUGAAGAACGAAUUCAUGUUUACUAUGCACAUGGAGAAGAUCAACCGACCUUUGUUCGGAGAUGUUACUGGCUACUUGACAAGUCUCUGGAACACAUAGUCCUUGUUCAUUAUCGCGAAACUCAGGAGACACGGGGCUCCCCAGCAACCUCUGUUGCUCCAGCCACCCCAGUUAAUUCUAGUUCCAGUUCAGAUCCAUCUGACCCAUCUGGUUGGGUUUUAUCAGAAGAAAGUAAUUCUGUAGAUGAACAGGCGUAUGGUGCCAGCCAACAUGCACAUUUAGGGACUAACCGGGAUAUGACCGUCAAAACUCAUGAACAGAGACUUCUUGAGAUUAAUACACUUGACUGGGAUGAGCUUUUGGCACCCAACGACCCUAACAAGCUAAUGGCAACUCAAGAAGCGGGGGGAAGAGCUUUAGUUGGGCAACAGAAUCAAUGUGAAGUUAAUGGUUACAGCCUUAACGAUGGCUCUUUAUCUGCGUCGAGAGUACCUAUAGCAUCUUUAGAAAGCCUUGUUGGCCAAGUGGCUGGAAGUGAUACUGUAAAUGUUAAUCCUUCAAAUGACAUGCCCUUCCGCUCCGGGGAUGGUCAGAUGACUUCUAAUUUUGAGAAGAAUGAAUCUGGAGUAAUGACGGUGGGUGCAGGUGAUUCUUUUGAUAAUCUUAACAAGGAUGGUCUCCAAACUCAAGACAGUUUUGGACGGUGGAUCAACUACUUCAUCAGUGAUUCUCCGGGAUCUGCAGAUGAGAUGAUGACUCCUGAAUCUUCAGUAACUAUUGAUCAAUCAUAUGUAAUGCAGCAGAUAUUCAACAUAACAGAAAUAUCUCCUCCUUGGGCUCUUUCAAGUGAAGAAACAAAGAUCUUAGUGAUUGGGCAUUUUCCAGGAAGACAAUCAGAACUGGCAAAGUCAAAUUUGGUCUGUGUAUGUGCAGAUGUUUGUUUUCCUGCAGAAUUUGUGCAGUGUGGGGUAUAUCGUUGUGUAAUUUCGCCUCAAGCCCCUGGACUGGUAAAUCUAUAUUUGAGUUUUGAUGGUAGCACACCGAUCAGUCAAGUAAUGCCCUUUGAGUUCCGAGCUCCUUCAGCACAUAAAUGGACAGCUCCUCUGGAGGACCAGUCUAAUUGGGAUGAAUUUAGAUUUCAAAUGAGGCUAGCUCAUUUGCUCUUCUCUACGUCUAAGAGCCUAAGCAUUUUUUCGAGUAAAGUGCACCAAGAUUCUCUGAAAGAUGCAAAGAGAUUUGUUCGAAAAUGUGCCCACAUUACUGAUAAUUGGGAAUAUUUGAUCAAAUCAAUUGAAAACAGGAAAGUCCCUUUCAUACAUGCAAAAGACUGCUUGUUUGAGCUGUCUUUGCAAACCAAAUUUCAUGAAUGGCUGUUGGAAAGAGUUAUUGAAGGGUGUAAGAAAUCAGAGCGGGAUGAGCAAGGUCAAGGAGUUAUCCAUUUGUGUGCUAUCCUAGGUUAUACUUGGGCUGUAUAUCCAUUUACCUGGUCCGGCUUAUCAUUGGAUUACCGGGACAAGUAUGGUUGGACAGCUCUUCAUUGGGCUGCACAUUAUGGAAGGGAGAAAAUGGUGGCAACCCUUCUAUCUGCUGGUGCAAAACCAAAUUUGGUCACUGACCCCAAUUCAGAGAACCCUGAUGGAUCCACUGCUGCUGAUCUUGCAUCUAAAAAUGGUUUCGAAGGUUUGGGGGCUUAUCUUGCUGAGAAGGCUUUAGUUGCACACUUUAAGGAUAUGACUUUGGCUGGAAAUGUUAGUGGUUCACUGCAGACCGCUACUGAACCCAUAAACCCUGGAAACUUCACGGAGGAGGACCUGUAUCUAAAAGAUACUUUGGCAGCUUAUCGUACUGCUGCUGAUGCCGCUGCGCGUAUACAGGCUGCAUUCAGAGAACAUUCGUUCAAAGUACAGACCAAAGCUGUCGAAUCUUCAAAUCCAGAAAUAGAAGCACGUAAUAUAGUUGCUGCUAUGAAGAUUCAGCAUGCUUUCCGCAAUUAUGAAUCACGAAAAAAACUUGCUGCUGCUGCACGAAUCCAAUAUAGGUUCCGAACUUGGAAAAUGCGGAAAGAAUUUCUUACCAUGCGGCGUCAUGCGAUCAGAAUUCAAGCCGUGUUCCGUGGUUUCCAAGUCCGGAGGCAGUAUCGCAAGAUAAUUUGGUCUGUUGGGGUGCUUGAAAAGGCAGUCUUGCGAUGGCGUUUGAAGAGAAAAGGGUUUCGUGGUCUUCAGGUUCAAUCUAGUGAAGCAGUGGAUAAUAUCAAGCCUGAUGCUGAUGUGGAGGAGGACUUCUUCCGCGCCAGUAGGAAACAAGCUGAAGAGCGUGUUGAAAGGUCUGUCGUACGAGUUCAGGCCAUGUUUCGUUCAAAGCGAGCACAAGAAGAAUAUAGGAGGAUGAAGUUGGAACAUAAUAAUGCUACGCUGGAAUACGAAAGGCUUUUCAAUCCUGAUAUCCAAAUAGUUUAAGAAGAUAAGGAACAAGUAACUUCCCUGAAGUAUUUGGAGCUACAGUUGUAUUAUCAGUAACCAAGGCAAACAACCCCCCUUCC